AUGUCAAGGCUUGGAAAAUAUUCAGAAGCUAAAACUCAGGAUUUCUUUUAUAAUAUCAACAAAGGCGCAGUCGUAACAGGACUACCAAAUUUCUGGAUUAAAGAUGUCGAAGUGCCGCGUUUCUUUACCACAGGCCUUUUCACAAUAAUCAUGAGAUGUGCUACGUUCUGCUUCUGGAUAUUAAUUCUCUCAGAAAUUGGUGCAUUUUUCACCCAGCAUAAUCUGACGGAGAAGCAAAAGUAUGACAGGAUAAUUUUUACCACGUCGCAUCCAAUACUGUACGUUAUUUGGGCGACAGUAGCUCACUACGAAGAUAAAGUAAAAGGAGUUACGUUUCACUUAUGCGUUUCGUUGAAGGAGAUGUACAAUGAUCUCAAAGUGGAACGGCAGAUGUUGAAGAAAGCUAAGUUGUUCUCAAUAGCGAAUGUAUUCAGUUGUGUUAUGACCCUCGUCUUUUACGCCUUUAAUGGUGUGACACAAGUGAUUCGAUCUGGUGUGUCCUUUACUACAGUGAUAACGGCGUGGCCAGAGCUCAAUAAUACCAGCAUGGCGGCAAACAUAGUCAGAGCCCUCAGCUUUGUCAUCUGGUUGGUCUUAGUUUGUCGAACCUGUGCUGCCUUUGUGAUCGCUAUUUCCACAACAAUCUGUCUCAGUCACCAAUAUAAGCAACUGCAGAGCUACUUUUAUUCUAUUGAAGAAAAUUUCUCCACUGAACAUCUGGAUCAAGUUGAAAAAGAACGUAAAUACGAGGAAUCUCUAAAACAUGGAAUCAAAAUGCAUUCUGAAACGUUGUUAUGCACACAGGUUGUUCAAGAAAUAUUCGGUCCAGUGUAUAGUGGUCAAAUAACGUUAAAUAUUAUAGCGCUUAUCAUACUCAUGAUGCAGAUGAUGGACAGUGAGCAGACUUUAUUCAAUGCCUUAGGAAUGGUGAGCAUGGCCUCUGCAGUACUGAGCACAACCGGUAUACUAAUGUGUAGCGCUGGCGACAUAACUAUUGAAGCCGCAUUGUUACCGGUAGCGAUGUACAGCUCCGGCUGGCAAAAUUGCCGUGGAAAAAGUAACAAAAGAGUAAGGAAGCUUUUGUUGUUGGCAAUGACUCAAGGACAGCGACCAGUUGUACUCAAGGCUUUCAAUCUUAUAGAAUUAUCAUACCAAUCAUUCUUAUCCAUUGUCAAGUCAUCGUAUUCGGUGUUUUCAGUUUUUUAUUAA